AUGUUGAAUGAUCAUCUGGAGCAGUUUCAUCUGGAAUCCUCGGAUGCUUUCUCAGCAAUGGAGUCUCGACCAAACAUCGUCUUCAUCAUGGCAGAUGAUCAUGCCUCGAAGUCGAUCAGUUGCUACGGUGCUGGAAUUAAUCACACUCCAAAUAUCGAUCGCCUGGCCAAGGAAGGAAUGAAAUUUAACCAUUGUUAUGUGACCAACUCUAUUUGCACCCCUUCAAGAGCUGCCAUUCUUACCGGUACACACAAUCACGUCAAUGGAGUCAUGACGCUGGAUAGUAAGAUUAACAAGCACAUUCCCAACGUCGCCAAACAUUUACGAACAGGAGGCUACCAAACAGCCAUGAUUGGCAAGUGGCACAUGGGUGAUGGAGAAGCCCACGAACCGACCGGAUUUGAUUAUCGGUCUGUCGUCCCUGGCCAAGGCGAAUAUCAUGACCCCGAAUUCAUAGAGCCCUCGGGCAUCAAAACUGAAAUGGGCUAUGCCACGAACAUCAUCACAGAUAAAAGCAUCGAAUGGAUGCGAAAGCGAGAUUCACAGAAGCCAUUCUUUUUAAUGUGUCACCACAAAGCUCCACACCGACCAUGGCAGUGCGACGAGAAACACAAAGAUCUCUACAAAGAUCCCAUUCGGCUCCCAGACACGUUUACAGAUGACUACAAAAAUCGCGCACGAGCUGCGAAAGUCGCCAAAAUGCGUGUCGAAGAAGACCUCACCUAUCAAGAUUUAGGUCUUGCACAACCCGAUGGCGGUCAAAGAGUUGGCCAAAAGAUGAUCAAUGCCUGGUGGUGGCAAGAUCGGAAGAUUCCAGCUCCCGAGGACGUUUCAAAACUCAAGUUGGUUGAUAAGGAGGACGGAAAUAUCUUCAUGUUCAAAAGUAAAGCCGAAUUGACAGAAUUUAAGUUUCAACGGUAUAUGCAAAGAUAUCUACGAACUAUUCAGAGCAUCGAUGACAAUGUGGGCCGCAUGCUCGACUGGCUGGAUCAACAAGGCCUAACUGACGAUACGAUGGUCAUCUAUACUUCAGACCAAGGAUUCUUUCUCGGCGAGCACGGCUGGUUUGACAAGCACUUCAUGUACGAGGAGAGCUUUCAAAUGCCAUUCUUGAUUCGAUACCCCAAGGAGAUAGCCCCGGGCUCCGUGUGCGAUGACAUCAUUUGCAACGUGGACCUUGCACCGACAUGGCUCGAUUUCGCGGGCCUCAGACAGCCUACAUACAUGCAAGGGGUCAGUUUUCGAUCUUUACUACGCGGUCAAACGCCGUCGGAUUGGCAACAAGUCGCGUAUCACCGGUGCUGGAUGCAUCGCGAUAUCAUUCACGAAGCAUAUGCGCACUACGGCGUGCGCGACCAGCGGUAUAAGUUGAUUUAUUGGUAUAAUGAGGACUUUAAGAUCGAGGGGACCAGGCCAGGUGGCGAAGAAAAGGAAUGGGAACUCUUUGACUGUGAGGAAGAUCCUCUUGAAUUGUUCAACUGUUACCAUGACCCGAAAUAUGCGGAUGUUGUUCGACGCAUGACGAGGAUGCUAGAGGACAAAAUGGCGGAGAUCGGUGAUGAGCCUGUCCAUCCACCUUUGCCCAAGUUGAUUAAUGACAAGGUAUGA